AGUAGGCUCUCACUCUCAGCUCUUCUGCCUCUGCAGGCUGCAACCUGCGUCUGCAUCUCUGCCUGGUUUAUAAUUUUUGCCUUUAAGUUAGCUGUAACUGGACUGCAAGUUGCAACAUUAAUAUUACGUGAGAGUUGAAUUGCCACCACUGCCCACAGCCACAAGGCACAAGUCACAACACUAUGACACUGUCUCAUCUUCACGCAGUCACGCUCACCGUGUCACCAGCUUCCAGUGGAAAGGAUUUAUUUCACAAAGAAAACAGAACCCAACUUUCUAUAGUCACAAGCCUCUGAAGCCAGAAGCAAAGACUUGGCAUGGCACCUCCCAGGCUCUCUGCCACUUCCCUCUUGCCCAGCGGGUCCCAAAUUCUAGUUACAGUCCUACAAGCUCUGCCUGACAUAUUGCUUGUGGGUGUGGACCAUCAGGAGAAAUAUUUUCAGGGAGUCCUUCUGGAUUCCGCCAUUGGUCGACUGCCGUGUGGAGUCUAUCCCCCUGGCGGCUGCUACCCUCCCCCACCCGACCUGUCAAACAACAAGCUCUAUUCAGUGAAGCGGCGUCACUCUUACUUCUGCGGUGACUCUGACAUCAGCAACGCUGAUAAUGCAACCAAUAAAUCUGUUACUCAGAAACGUACGAAACCUGGGAGCCGACCAUCUGUGAGGCUGCGACCAAGACACGUCCUUUGUUCUGGCUGUCGCCAGGUGUGCAAUGAAAACAAUGAGAGAGUUGGCCAUGCCAAGUCCGUUGCAAGCAAUCAUGCUGCGUCUGCCCCAACUGGCAAUGACAGGAAAACAGACGCCGAGUUUCCAUCUGUAAAAGUUGUAGAAAGAAGUUCUAUUCAAAAUGAAAAUGUGGACGCACAGGCUUGUAAAACUCGGUCUGGUGUUUGCACGAGGAAAAGUGGUAAGCAAAAUGUUCCUGCAAGUAGAGAGACCACUUCCAAGGACUGUAAUAGUACUUCAGGCUCAAAAAACUCGCAUAAAAUUAGUCUGAACAGUAAGAUAUCACAAUCUAAAAGCUUUGAAGAAACAAAAUCACGAAGUAUUCGUUCUACGCGUAGAACAGUUGACUUGCAGGUCACAUCACCACACACCAAUAAAAGAAAACAUGAGCAGCCUACAUGUGCACCUGUUUCGGUACCCAGAUUAAAAAAAUUGAAAGCUAGCGAAACAGAAAGUGCUAAUAAUAGUCAUGGCGAUUGUCAACCAGCACCUGCUUUGAAGUCAGCUGGUUCCUUGGUCAUAAAUGAAGUUAAAUGUGAUCUACGUCUGGCAGGUUCGAGAGCUUCCCAGCCUGCUGAGCUCGAGCCUUGUAUCAAUUCAAAGCCUCUUCUAGUCUCCAGUUCCAAGAUUGAAAGUGAAGAAAAAAUUUCUUCUGGUCAAAUUCCAAAGUUGCGUUUCUCAUCUGUAAAUAACAGAAUUGCUAAAGUUACUCUCACAACUUAUGACCAAAGUCUGUCACAAAGCAGCAAAAAACGGACUUCCAAGGCUCCUCAGAGCUGCAGACUGACAGUCCCUAAAAUGGUGCUUUGUAAACCGUCAAGUAUUCCUUCAGAAGCGUUCGUACCGACACAUGAGUGUAAUCAAGAACAUACGAGCUCUUCAAGCGCCUCUGUGCCGAAGGUUACUAUUCUUCCUUUCUCAAAUAAAUCAAUCAACGAAAAUUGCCUGUCAGAUACAGUGGAAGAAGUUCAGGCUGAAAAACAUGUUGCUGAAGAUGGUGGUCAGGCCUCAGACUGUGACGACACAGGUUCUCUAAAGCAUGCAGCUCCUCUCCUGAAGAUAUGCAUCGCUCCUGAUGGUACGGGCACCAUAAUGAAUAUUGCACCAAAGCCUGAAGUGCCACCCUCGCUUGAAGAUAAUAACUGUCACCCUGUCUCUAGCAGCCACAAAGGUGUUGCUAAUAAGGCGGCCAGGAAGGCACUCAAGAGAGCCAGAAAAGAGGCGCAGAGAAAGCUAAUGAUGAAAGGUUCUCCUUCAUACUCAUUAAUAGGGGGAGUCUCCCCUAGGUAUGGAAGUAUGUCGCCCCUCGGACUUGGAAGCCUAUCUCCUGCACGGUCCUGUUGGCAAUCCGAUAGAUUUGCAUAUAUGAUGAGCACUAAACACAGCUUGUCGUCACCGGGUCGAGUGGGCGAUUCUUCACCCGUUCGAUGGAAUGGAACCUCACCAGCAAGACUCAACUGCCUGUCACCUUCCAGAAGAAGUGAUGAUAAACCUCCUAAUUCUUGCAACAUUUGGGAGGCAUCAUCCAAAGAGAACGCUUGCGAAACCCAGCUCACUGAAACGAAUAUACCCAAGAAACACAGACACAAAGUUAAGCACAAGAAAAAACACAAAGAAGACCGUAAACCUAAGGGAAUAAUAACAAACGACCGCGAUGAGCAGAGUUUGCUGUUACCAUCGUGUGGUGCAGCUCCUCAUGCCUCAGACUCUGCCAGGCGUGACCACAACGAUCCACAAAUAUCCCGUGCUAAUUCUCCUAAGCAAAAAUUAUCACUUUCAAUCAAACGGGUGAAGAAUGAUGAAUUUGCGUACGUAGCUCACGACUGUAGCUCAGAAGAGAGUUACUCCUCUGGAUCUAUCAGAGGGUCCGAGCCAGAAAAUGUUCUAGAAAGUACCACUAAGGAGACAAUAAAAAAAGAUCCAAUCGUUUUCAGACGUUCUCCUGUCGAAUUGAACGUCGAGGAGCGUUCCCUUGAAGAACAGGCAGGUAGAUAUGACAAGAUGACAAGUUCCUCUGGAGAACCGGUGAUAGGUGAUGACAAGACUAGUUCUUCUGAAGCUACAGCAGAAGGUGAGGACAUGACAAGUUCCUCUGAAGAAUCUGCGGGAGGUGAGGACAACAAAAGUGUCUCUGAAGCACUAGCGGACGACAAAGACGGCGCCAAGAUACUCUCAGGGGCCUCCUCAGUGUCUAAUGCCAUCGUCAAAAAACAACUACCUGGAACCUCGGCUCUACUUACAACCGACCUCGAUAGGAGCUCCCUUGAAGCGACAGUCGGGCACGAGAACAACGGCAAAAAACGUGCCUUUGUGGACUCUUCGAGCUCCUUCGUGAGCCGAGGCGAAGACUCCAGCGACGAUCAAGGUGAUGUGCCAGCUUUCCCCUCUGUGCCGUCGACUUCUGUGUCAUCCGAAUGGCGGGCACUGCAUUACUGCUUCAUCAGAACCUCCGCUUCCCGACCAGCUCACGUCAAGGAUGACGUCCGUCUGGAAGCCCCCAAGCAAGAGGAUUGUGUCCAUCAACUCGAUGACUGGGUCAGGCUUGCUGUGGGAGACGUGGUCUGGGCGAAAAUUCUUGGCUUUCCAUGGUGGCCCGCGCUGGUGACACACUUGAGUACUCGUUACAUAGGCAAGAGGAACGCAAGCGACACGUCCGCCCUCGAGCGAGUGCAUAUGCGCAGUGAAAGCGAUCACUCGCAGCACGAGGCUCGGGUCAAUUGGUACGGCAGCGCGACCACCUCCACCCUCCACCCCUCAAGCCUCAGGCCCUUCUUGCUCUUCUUCAAGCAGUUCUACGUGAAGAAGAAGCGUGGACCCUACAGGACUGCAGUCAAAGAGGCCCUCGCUGUGGCAGAGUCACGUCUCUACCAGGAGGCCAUCGACCCCAACACUGAAGUCAGUGCGACUGCGCCUCCUACUGAUGAUAGUGCCUCUGCACUAUCUGCUGAUGACCGUACCACCGCACUGCUUGCUAAUGAUAGUGCCACUGCUCAAUUUGUAGUGGGCAGUGUCGUUAGAAAAUCUUCUGAUGACAGUGCUGCUGCACAAACAGUUACUAAGUGUGCAACGGCCACCUUAAUGGUUACAAAAAACUUUAAUCCGUCCAACUCAAUUGCUCACAGCUCCCCUUUGAGUCCUAAGGCUCUUUCCUGCCAUACUUUUACAUCUGCCAUUCCCUGCAGCUUUCCUCUCCGUAUCUCCACGCCUCCUGCCAGCUCCUCUCUCCCUUUUUCUACGGCUUCACCCAGCUCCUCACACCCGAGUUCCACAGCCCUUCUUAGCUCCCAUCUCCCAACAUUUGCGUCUUCCUCAGUGACCUGUAAUGAAUCAGCAAUCGUAGCGUAUGCAGGCACCGACGACGGCAGUGAGAGCCUGUAUCAAGCGCGCCGUACGCCUGAUGCUGCAAGAACCAUAGCGCCCUCAGGUCCUUCACAGGACUCAUCGUGGCUAUCCCAGACAACACCAGCUGAGGCCGCCAGUAACGUCAGCCUCUUGCUAACAGAAGCAAUCUUUUCGACGCGCCAAACUUCCAUGACUAACAGCGUUGCUACGAACGCCACGUUGGAAAAUCGUGAAAUUUGCCUUAGUGAGGAGAGGGGCAAGAGCAAGUCAUUACGUGGCGCCUCCGAUGCUCGUGCAAAAACACUCUGUGGUGGCAUCGAGGCUGUGGCAAAGCCAUUCAGUGGCGCUUCCGAUGACGUGACUUCGCAACUGGUUAGCGGUAAUAAGGCGGGGGCUGCUGAGGACGCAGCCAUGGCAGCACGAGAUCAGGGGGUGAAGGUUGAUCAUCUGAGACGCCUGGGGAAAGCUGACGAUCCCCCAAGGCGCUCCUCGGUUGAGGUGAGCCCUGUCAGAAGAGUCCCCGCGUUGAGGGUACAAAGCUUCUCAGCCAUCGUCAACCCCUGCCACUCUCCCUCGUCUGGGGGUUCUCUUGGCAAUGAAUCCCCCAGCUCCCCACACCCCGUCGAUGUCUUCAGUUGAGACUAAUAACAUGGCUUGUUCUUUAUUGACUUAAUCAAAGUCUCUGCGAUUAUAUGUUGAAUAGAAGAGUAGUACACGUGUCGGUAAUUCUUGGUGUAGGUAGAAGACAUCUGGCCCGCCAUUCGACGCUUCACGGUUUCUUCACGUGACGCAGAAUUCGAUUCUAACACCUCAAGACGGGGCUGAGGUAGCGGCUGACGCCUAUCUUCAGCAUCGAAAAUCAAUGUCCUCAUAAGACAUGUUCUUAAUGCACACAUUUGUACGUGAUACUCGCUUAAAAUAAUAUGCCCCUGUUGGAUGUUUGUACAGAAUAGUCUUGUAGAAUUAAGGAGUUAUUUGUGGUGCUGUGAGAGAAUAUGUUUUAUUGACUGUUUCGUACGUAAACGAUUGCGUUAAGUGGAAAUUUUUAAUAAUUUUUAAUUAUUGUUGUCUUACUGUUCAGUUAUCUCAUGGUUUAAAUUCUUCCUUUAAUUUUCUUCUCAUCUAGAGCAUUUUUGUACUAUGCAUAGCCUUUGCUUUCCGCUAACCACGUCUUUUAAGCCAGAGUUCUAUUGUCACGUCUUCCAAGUCGUGGUUCUAAUGCCACGUCUCUCAAGUCGUGGUUCUAAUGCCACGUCUCUCCAGUCGUGGUUCUAAUGUCACGUGUUUCAAGUCAUGGUUCUAAUGCCACGUCUCUCAAGUCGUGGUUCUAAUGCCACGUCUCUCCAGUCGUGGUUCUAAUGCCACGUUAGGUGUUGGAUUACCGAAUUAUUUCUCGAUUGAAUUACGUGCAGAUCCAGACCAAGGGCAGUAAAAUUCGCCCAAAUUUGUUCAUGUUUAUUGUGAUGCUUGCUAAGGUUAUGCGUUGGCAAAGGUUGACUAUUGCUUAUGUUAGUCUGUAGUUUCCACAAUAAGCCUGGAGAACAAUUUGGUCGGCGCGAUGAAUACAUGGCAAUUGUUUCAUGCUUUUUAACGUGUCAAUUUCAUUGUAAAUUAGUGGCUAAAAUACAACUUGCAUAUACAAGUGAGAUCUA